AUGAAGAAAACAGCAUUGAUAAUAGUUGAUUUGCAAGAGGAUUUCUUACCACCAAAUGGAUCAUUAGCCAUUAAAAAUGGGCGAUCAGUGAUACCCAAAAUCAACCAAUUAUUACCAUCACCCGAUAAACAAAAUAGCAUUGAUUGGUCAUUGAUUGUUGCAACUAAAGAUUGGCAUCCACCCAAUCAUACUUCAUUUGCCUCUCAACAUGACAAUGUUUCACCAUUUACUGAAAUUGAAUUCAUUCAUCCAGAAAAGAAAUUAGACCCCAAAACUAAUCAACCUAUUGUUAUGAAUCAAAUUGUUUGGCCAGAUCAUUGUGUACAAGGUACCAAAGGAGCACAAUUGGAACCUCUGUUUGCUAAUCAAUUCGAAAAACUUUCCGAACAAAAUAGUAACGCUGUUCCACAUAAAAUUGUGGAGAAGGGAUAUCUACCUGAUCGUGAAUAUUAUUCCUGUUUCCAAGAUUGUUGGGGGUUACAUCAUACUGAAUUAAUUGAUCUUUUACAUGAGUAUGAUAUUGAAAAUGUCGUUUUCGUGGGGUUAGCUUAUGAUUUCUGUGUUUUGAGAUCAGCUAUUGAUAGUGUAAAAAAUGGAUUCAAAACAUUUGUAUUGAAAAAUUAUUGUGAAUCAGUUUAUCCAGAGAAAAUUAAUGACACAGAUAAGCUAUAUACUGAUAAUGGUGUUAUCAUAGUUGGUAGUGAUGAAAAAGUUGAUCGUUUAUUUAACUAA